GCAACGAGCCGCCUUCGAUUCCACCCCCAAGCCACGCACCCUCGCAUCGCCGUUUCAUCGUACACAGUAGCAGACGGGGCACCACACACAAUGGAUAGUCUCAAUGCGGCAGAGCAGCGCGAGCUGCAGACUCGCAUCGAACGCAAGCAGAUGAAGGACUUUAUGAACAUGUACUCGAACCUCGUCCAGCGAUGCUUCAACGACUGCGUCAGCGAUUUCACAUCCAAGAGCCUGUCGAGUAAGGAGGAGGGAUGCGUGAUGCGAUGUGUCGACAAGUUCCUGAAGAGCUCCGAGCGGUUGGGCGAGCGCUUUCAAGAGCAGAAUGCGCAGAUGCAGCAACAGGGAAGCAUGGGCCUGGGAAGAUGAGCAGAAUUUGAGUCUGCGAUUGUACAAGUACUCAAUGUGCUGCGAAUGGCGACCACAGAGGCGCUGCAAUGCACGGCGCCAUUCGGGAUUGAUUCGAUGAAGCAUAUGCUGCUCAGCUCUACCCGCAAAGGCCAGGAAGUGCUACCGGUCUAUGUCGGGCGUGUCCCCUGAGAGACAGAGGUCUCGGGAGAGCAGAUACGCAUGGUCUUCGCAGCAUACUGGACAGAACCAGCAAGCAUUCAACUCUUGGUCAAUAAGCCACGAAGGCUGAGAUCGUAAACAACGUCCUCCACCUCCUUCACCU